AUGCAACAAUGUGUUGACUUUGUACCCACUUUUUUGUUGCAGCAAUGGUAUGUUCUAUAUCCGCUUGAAGGUCCAUGGUAUGAGCUAUUGGUCAUUCCUCUUCGUUUUGAGCUUCUGUGUUCCAUCAUGAUACCCAUAUCUAUUAAGGUCUCUCUGGAUCUUGUGAAAAGUUUAUAUGCAAAGUUUAUUGAUUGGGAUUCUGAGAUGAUAGAUUAUGAGACUGGUAUUCCUUCACAUGCAACGAACACAGCAAUAAGUGAGGACAUUGGACAAGUUGAGUACAUAAUGACUGACAAAACUGGAACACUAACUGAAAAUAGAAUGAUCUUUAGAAGAUGCUGCAUUAAUGGCGUUUUCUAUGGAAAUGAGAGUGGUGAUGCGCUGAAAGGUUUUCAUUUCUGUUGAAUGAAAUUGUCUUGC